AGAAAUAAAAAAUAAAAAAAUUUAAAUAAAAAUAAAAUAAAAUAAAAUCUUUGAACUGUGUAUCUAUCUCCAAGCAAAAAAGAGGAAAGAAAAGAAAUGUCUGUGACAUCUUCUUUCCCAUGCAUCAAAAUCCCAACUUGUUGCUCUUCUCCAACAUGUUCAUCUUCAUCAACUUCAUCUUAUUCUUUUAGAUUCUAUUCUUCCAAGCCUUAUGCUGUUACUAUAAGGAAUUCUCAGACUGAAGGGCCUCUGAGAAGACCAGUUGCUCCUCCUCUGAGAGAACCAUCUCAGCCCCUUAAGCCCUCACCUCCUUCUCAGCCUCCACCACAGUCUACGGUGGUGCCUUCACCUCAGAAGGAAGCUUCUGUUGUUGGGGAUGACAAGAAUGUUAUUACAUUAGAGUUUCAGAGGCAAAAGGCUAAGGAGCUGCAAGAAUACUUCAAACAGAAGAAGCUUGAAGAAGCAGAUCAGGGUCCCUUUUUUGGCUUCAUUGGGAAAAAUGAGAUUGGCAAUGGAAGAUGGGCAAUGUUUGGUUUUGCUGUUGGGAUGCUGACAGAGUAUGCAACAGGCUCGGACUUUGUUGAUCAAGUCAAGAUCCUUUUCUCCAAUUUCGGGAUAAUAGAUUUGGAAUGAAUACCUUAAUAUUUUUAUACUGUCAAUAGUUUCUUGUUGCUUUCUGUAGUGUAAACAACUCUGAUCCAUUUAUUUCAUCUUCAUAUAUAGAAAGCAAGCUUGCUUUCAUUGCACAUUAUGGAAUAACAAGAAUGUGAUUUUCC